UUGAUAAUGUCUCAGUAGCUGAAUUUCACUGGAGCACUUAGUAGGCACUGGACAGGGAAAAGAUAUGACAUCAACAGGACCAGUGCCGCCAUCUCUUCUGAAGAGACGAGAAUCUACUGUGACACGAGAAGGAGACCAGCUUAUGAUCACCCCUUUGGGGGCCGGGAAUGAAGUUGGGCGGUCCUGCGUGUACAUGUCUUUCAAAGGAAAAACUGUUUUGUUUGACUGUGGAAUUCAUCCUGCUUAUUCGGGCAUGGCUGCUCUUCCAUACUUUGAUGAGAUUGAUCCCUCGACCAUUGACGUGCUCCUUGUGACUCACUUCCACUUGGAUCAUGCAGCCUCUCUUCCGUAUUUUCUGGAGAAGACCACUUUCAAAGGCCGUGUUUUUAUGACUCAUGCAACUAAAGCCAUAUACAAGCUUCUUUUAUCCGAUUAUGUUAAAGUCAGCAAAGUUUCAGUUGAAGAUAUGUUGUAUGAUGAACAAGAUAUUCUCCGAUCCAUGGACAAGAUUGAGGUAUGUUUACUUUUAUGA